GGCGCUAUCACGGAGACUCGGGCCGCCGUAGACCCCGCUAUAGCGAGGCCACUAGGUUCCCCGGUCGCGGGGCGUGAGCGGCGCGGACCCGGGGCGCCAGGGGGACCCACCAGGCGAAGGUGGGGGUCCGUCUAUCCUUCCGCAUUUUCCUGGGUUUCUCUCCCGGGCGGUGACGUGACGUGCUGACGGCGGGCCCGUGCCGGGGAGCUCGGCCCCUCCUCCCUCCCUCCGUCCGCCCCACCAGCCGGAGCCCGGCCCAGUGCUCCAGAGAAAGGCCGACCGCCCGCCCGCCCGUCUGGAGCUGUGACUGAUGAGAAUUAAAGGCCAUGGAUGAAGAUGGACUUGAAUUGCAACCACAAGGGCCAAACUCAUUUUUUGAUGCAACAGGAGCUGAUGCUACACACAUGGAUGGUGACCAAAUUGUUGUGGAAGUACAAGAAACUGUUUUUGUUUCAGAUGUUGUGGAUUCAGACAUAACUGUGCAUAACUUUGUUCCUGAUGACCCAGACUCAGUUGUAAUCCAAGAUGUUAUUGAGGACGUUGUUAUAGAAGAUGUUCAAUGCCCAGAUAUCAUGGAAGAAGCAGAUGUAUCUGAAACUGUCAUCAUUCCUGAACAAGUGCUGGACUCAGAUGUGACUGAAGAAGUUUCUUUAACACAUUGCACCGUCCCUGAUGAUGUUUUAGCUUCUGACAUUACUUCAGCUUCAAUGUCUAUGCCAGAACACGUCUUGACAAGUGAAUCUAUCCAUGUGCCUGAUGUUGGACAUGUUGAACAUGUGGUUCAUGAUAAUGUAGUAGAAGCAGAAAUCGUCACUGAUCCUCUGACAACUGGUGUAGUUUCAGAAGAAGUAUUGGUAGCAGACUGUGCCUCUGAAGCAGUCAUAGAUGCCAACGGGAUCCCUGUAGACCAGCAAGAUGAUGACAAAGGCAACUGUGAGGACUACCUUAUGAUUUCCUUGGAUGAUGCUGGCAAAAUAGAACAUGAUGGUUCCUCUGGAAUGACCAUGGACACAGAGUCAGAAAUUGAUCCCUGUAAAGUGGAUGGCACUUGCCCUGAAGUCAUCAAAGUUUACAUUUUCAAAGCUGACCCUGGGGAGGAUGACUUAGGUGGAACAGUAGACAUUGUGGAGAGUGAGCCUGAGAAUGACCAUGGAGUUGAACUACUUGAUCAGAAUAGCAGUAUUCGUGUUCCAAGGGAAAAGAUGGUCUAUAUGACUGUAAAUGACUCUCAGCAAGAAGAUGAAGAUUUAAAUGUUGCCGAAAUCGCUGAUGAAGUUUAUAUGGAAGUGAUCGUAGGCGAGGAAGAUGCCACUGCAGCCGCGGCGGCUGCGGCGGCACAUGAACAGCAAAUGGAUGACAAUGAAAUAAAAACUUUCAUGCCAAUAGCAUGGGCAGCAGCUUAUGGUAAUAAUUCUGAUGGAAUUGAAAACCGGAAUGGCACUGCAAGUGCCCUCUUGCACAUAGAUGAGUCUGCUGGGCUCGGCAGGCUGGCUAAACAAAAACCAAAGAAAAGGAGAAGACCUGAUUCCAGGCAGUACCAAACAGCAAUAAUUAUUGGCCCUGAUGGACACCCCUUGACGGUCUAUCCUUGCAUGAUUUGCGGGAAGAAGUUUAAGUCGAGAGGUUUCUUGAAGAGGCACAUGAAAAACCAUCCUGAACACCUUACCAAGAAGAAAUACCGCUGUACUGACUGUGAUUACACUACCAACAAGAAGAUAAGUUUACACAACCACCUAGAGAGCCACAAGCUAACCAGCAAGGCAGAGAAGGCCAUUGAAUGUGAUGAAUGUGGGAAGCAUUUCUCUCAUGCGGGGGCUUUGUUUACUCACAAAAUGGUGCAUAAGGAAAAAGGAGCCAACAAAAUGCACAAGUGUAAAUUCUGUGAAUACGAGACUGCUGAACAAGGAUUACUGAAUCGUCACCUUUUGGCAGUCCACAGCAAGAACUUUCCUCAUAUUUGUGUGGAGUGCGGUAAAGGUUUUCGUCAUCCGUCAGAGCUCAAAAAGCACAUGCGAAUCCACACUGGGGAGAAGCCGUACCAAUGCCAGUACUGCGAGUAUAGAUCCGCAGACUCCUCUAACUUGAAAACUCAUGUAAAAACUAAGCAUAGUAAAGAGAUGCCAUUCAAGUGUGACAUUUGUCUUCUGACUUUCUCAGAUACCAAAGAGGUGCAGCAACAUGCUCUUAUCCACCAAGAAAGCAAAACACACCAGUGUUUGCAUUGCGACCACAAGAGUUCGAACUCGAGCGAUUUGAAACGACACGUAAUUUCAGUUCACACAAAGGACUACCCCCACAAGUGUGACAUGUGUGAUAAAGGCUUCCACAGGCCUUCAGAACUCAAGAAACAUGUGGCUGCCCACAAGGGUAAAAAAAUGCACCAGUGUAGACAUUGUGACUUUAAGAUUGCAGAUCCAUUUGUUCUGAGUCGCCAUAUUCUCUCAGUUCACACAAAAGAUCUUCCGUUUAGGUGUAAGAGAUGUAGAAAGGGAUUUAGGCAACAGAAUGAGCUUAAAAAGCAUAUGAAGACACACAGUGGCAGGAAAGUGUAUCAGUGUGAAUACUGUGAGUAUAGCACUACGGAUGCCUCAGGCUUUAAACGGCACGUUAUUUCCAUUCAUACGAAAGACUAUCCUCACCGAUGUGAAUACUGCAAGAAAGGGUUCCGAAGACCUUCAGAAAAGAACCAACACAUAAUGCGACAUCACAAAGAAGUUGGCCUGCCCUAACAAUUCUUCUACAGACUUUUGCAGAGAUAUUGGCCUUGAAGCAGAAAAUACAUUUUAAAGCCAAUCAGUCUCGUUCACAUAAAAUACUGUAUUAUUGAUUUAUGCUGUGUACAAAUAGAAUUAUUGCUUCUAGUUGACUUUUUUUUUUACAUUUUGUUCAAUAGUGUAUUCUGAAUUCUAUUCAGUUUGUUUAAUAAAUGGGGAAAAGUGGCAACAGGCAAGUUGCUUUUAAUAAAGUAAUCCCUGAUUCUAUACUGAACUUUUCUAUCUUAGAGGUUUUAUAUUUAUUUAAAUAUUUACCUUGCAUACCUUGAUGGUUGAUGGUACUCUUCUAAGACCAUUUAACUUAAAGUUAAGGUAACUUUAGAUUGGUAACUCUGAAAGUACUCAUGUUGACUCAUUUUUUUUCCACAAAUUUCUCACAAUAAAAUCGUCAGAGACCUCUAAUAUAAAUGGGAGAUUUUACGGUCAGGUCUAAUUAUCAUGAUCCGGAAGUCAUUUAUUUGUCUUGUUUAAUAUUUUCAAACCACAUGACAUUGUAAGUUUCCAUUUGAGCUUUUGCAUCCCUAGCAUUGCUGAGUAAAGAACAGUGGCUGGGUUCGUGUUUAAUUUUCAUUCUGUUUAACAGACAAAAUAUACUUCUUUUGGCUUUCUUUGGAGUAUUUACAUCUUUUGUCAGCAUAGCAAACUUUUAGAGAACCUUAUUGAAAAAUUUUACUCGAUCCUGUUGUAUUUUUUAUUAUUCUGUCUGUGCUGCUUUGUCUUAGAAUGGUUGUGUGCUAUAAAUGAGACUGAGGACUGAAUUUCGGACUCUCCUAGAGGUAAUUUGUGGCUUAUAGGCUCUUUUGCAACUUUCUAUCUGUAAAUGUACCCUGACUUAUAUAUAUCUAUACACAUAUAUAUGACAUGUAUCUGUGUGUAUUGCUUAUUUUACAUAUUUAUACACACAAUCCCGCGUAGUAGUUGUUUAAAGUCUAUAAUGAAAAGUAUUAAAUUUACAAUAACGUGAAAGAUCCAGGGAUGCAUGAGAGAGCAUUUUGUAACUCAUGCUCUUCAGAGAGACUACUCAGGUGAAGAAUUAGAAGGAAAAUAAGGACACUAGUAUUUUUAAAGAGUAAAGGUAUUUUCUUUUAAAUAUCUUUGGUAAUUGAAAAAUAGAAGUUAAGAUGUUUCUAGAUAGAAUGUUUUCAUACAGUUUCAGCUUCAUGCCUUUAUAUUUUUCUGAAAACUAAUGAGUAUCCAGAUUUAACUCUCCCAGUUUUCCCUGAGAAGCCCAUGAGAGGAUUCUGUGUCUCAGCACAUAAGGGGGAAGCAAUGGCCCCAUGUACCAGAAUGGGUGCUGAUUACCACUUAACACUUUGCAAAUUCAGCCUGCUUUGUUAUUUCUUAGAUAAUUACAGUUUAGCAAAUGUUAAAAAAAAAACAAAAACAAAAAAACUUAACACUCAAGUUGGUUUUGAUUGGAAGAUAAAGGUGUGUUUUAAGUGCAUAAUGAAAAUCUGAGGCCUUAUUUGGAAUAUCACCAAGUCUUUCAUAGUUUUGUUUUUCAUUGAAAGUUGACAUUUUUAAAACAAAUUGGUCUGAAUCAGAGUCAUAAAUUUUAAAAGUUAAUUCAGUUAAUUAGAAUUUGGUUAUGUUCAUACGAAUGUUGGAGAACAGAAAAUACUUUUUGGGGUCCCUUAUGUUGGCUCUUGGCACAUAUGUAUCUGGCAUGUUGUGGGAGAUAAGAAAUUUUCUUCCCACUUGAUAGCUACCUUGUCACUCCACUGUGGUGCUCCAUCCCUUCCUUGCUGUCAAGGUUUAUCUUUCACCUUUCUCUUUGAUAUGGAUAUUUGUAUUCAGGAGCUAUAAUUAUAGGGCUAGAAAUCUAAAUAUUUGGUGUUGGGCAAGCCUCUGAAGUGCUAGAUUGAUUUAGUCUAGUUCUAAAUCAAGUGCUUUAGGCUGGUAGGAAUUCCAUCUUAAAUGCCAGUCAAAGCCAAGGGAUGGGAUUUGGAAUUCCUGUACCCUCUUGGCCCCUAUAACAUGCCUUUUUUUUUUUUUUUUAAUAAGUAACUUACAGUUGUGUGAUUCGUUGCCCCGCAGUACUAUUCUUGAAAGCUCUGCCUGUUUUUUUGUGAGAACUGUUAUAAUCUCCCUUAAUUUUUAUUUUCCCUGAAAUAAUAUCAAAGAAAACACCCAAAUGAAAGUGGAAAUUUAAGAAUUUGAAAACAUCCUGUAAAAUUAAUACAGAAAAUAUAAAUAAUUGGUCAUUUAACUAUAUUUUUUUAAAUAAACUGAAAGAUAAAGAACACAACACUUGACACACUUUGUAUUUCUCUUACAUAGUCUGGAAUCAUACACAGUUCUUUUCUUUUUAAAGCACAAUAUUGAAACCUUUAAAAGGUAUUUAAGGGUUUGGUCAAGUGAAUAUGAUAAAAUGUAUUUGUCUGUAUAAAGAGAAAAUGAAAUUGUAGUCACUGUUAUGUACUGACAUUAGUUAUAACCUAGUUUUAAUUCUUAAAACACUUUUGAUUAGCAAAGCUAAAAAAAUGGAUGUUUCAGUUAAAUGUUUUAAAGAGGUACAGAUUUUUACAAGGACAUAAUAUAAGUUAUUGUUCUGUAGAAAUAUCCUAUUAAAUAUUGUAUGUCCCUCUGUACAAUUUGUAAAAAAAGUAAAAUACAUAAAAAGAAAAUCAUAUAGGGAUGUGUGACAUUAUUGUAAUUGUGUAUUUGAGAAUAACGUGCAAAAAUAAAAAUCAAUAUUUUCCUGUUGAA